AUGGCCAAUUCAGAUGACGAAGACGCCUAUCUAUAUGGAUCUGAGGAUGAGCUGCCCGCUACCAAAAAGCAGAAAAUAGAAGCACCUCCCGCAGACACGAGCUCCAAGGAGGAACCCAAUGAUGAUAUGGACCAAGAUAAAGAAGACGACAAUGAAGAUGAGGACGAAGACGAGUCUUCAGACGACGAUAUCGAGUUUGUAAUUGGCGACCUGGCCCCAAAAAUCAGUACCACCACAACCACUGCAACGAGCGCAGCGCCAGCAGCGGCAAACGAUACCACAGAAGCUAAGGAAGAAAGCAAAGACAAGGAGGGUAUCGAGGUGGCCAAAGACGCAGGAGCUUCGCUGAUAGACAUCAACAAAGUUGCAGAAUUGGAUGGCAAACCACUCACUCAAGUGGACUUGAACGAGCUCAAAGACAAGCCGUGGAGAAUCCCUGGAGCGGAUAUCUCUGAUUACUUCAAUUACGGGUUCGACGAAUUCACGUGGACAGCAUACUGCCAUAAACAAGAUAAGCUACGGGGAGAGUUCAAUCCGCAAAAAGUGAUGGCCGACAUGAUGGGAGGAGGAUCACAAGGAGGUAUGCCAAUGUUCCCAUUCCCGAUGCCCAACAUGCCGAUGCCACCCAAUAUGCCCAACAUGCCAAACAUGCCAAACAUGCCAAACAUGCCAAACAUGCCGAACAUGCCAAAUAUGCCAAUGCCUCCAAAUGUGUCUAUGCCUCCUGGAAUGCCCAUGCCACCAAACAUGCAAGGGAUGCAAGGACAAGGAGGAGGGAACUCGAAAGCACCUCAGCAGAAGCCGCAGAACCAGCGAUCAGGGCGUGGGUACAGAAACUCGCCUCAGCCGCCUAAGAGGUGA